AGCUUAUCAACAGACUGAGUUUCCACUGCCACCACCACAUAAAUGAAGAGCCCUUGCAAGAAAGCUGCACUGAAUAUGAAUGCCAGCUUUUUAAAAGUUGGGAGUACAACACAGGGUACAAGAUAAAGAAUGGGAGAAAACUGGAAGAGACAACAAAAGCUUCGGAAUGUUCCACAAAUUCCUUGCAUUCGAGUCCCUCCCUCCGCCUCUGACAGUUCCUUACUGAAGGACCUAACCCAAGGGCAACAGCGCUACUUUUAUAGCAUCAUGAGGAUUUACAACUCCAGGCCCCAGUGGGAGGCCCUGCAGACCCGCCAUAUUCAUAGCCUUCGGCACCAGCAGCUACUCGGUUAUAUUACUCAACAGGAAGCCUUGUCUUAUGCUGUUGUACUUAGAGAUUCAAUCAAGAGAGCCUCAACCAAGGUAGCUUCUCAAAGAACCAUUCCCCGGAAAUCUUCAGCUAUGACAAGAGAAUGUCCUUCAGCACUACCUCUGUCUGUGGUUUUGCCAAAGGCCCAAAGUACAGGGUGCCGAACCCUCAGGAACUGAGGCUUGGCAACAUUUUCUGAAACAUGCAGUUUCAUGUAUCCUGGCAUCUA